GCAGGCUCAGCUGGUGGCUCAGGCAUGCCUCCUAUGACAGAGUUGUCCUCUCUCAGCCGGGGGACAAGGUGGGGAAAGUGAAUUUAUGCGAACAGCUGGGGGUCAGGGAGCAGCUGUCCGUGACCUCCUCCCGGGGAUGAGACUGGCUGUGUGUCAAAGUCUGUGGUCACCACCAUGCAGACUUGCAGCCUGUGGGUGAUUCUCUUCUCAUGGGCUACGCUAACCGUUGGUGCUCUCCCUCCGGUCUGUGAUUUGCUCCAAGCGCUGUGGAGGGACAGAGACCAGUGCCUUCACGAAUUGCGCAAAGAGUGGAAGAACAACUCUGAAAAUGAGCCGCCCAUAUCAGGUUGCCCCAGGCUAUGGGACAACACAAUCUGUUGGCCCUUCUCUUCAGUUGGACAGACAGUGAAGGUUGAAUGCCCGAAAUUCUUCCAAAUGCUCACUGGCAAAAAUGGUUCUGUAUUUCGAAACUGUACUCAAGAUGGCUGGUCUGAACCCUUUGUCAGAAUUGAUACUGCCUGUGGGUAUGAUGUGAAUGACAGCACUGAUGACAAGAAGCACUUCUACCUCUUGAAGCUAAAAGUCGUCUAUACCGUGGGCUACAGCAUCUCCUUGGUAAUGCUCCUCAUUGCUCUGGGCAUUCUUGUCGCUUUCCGGAAACUCCACUGUACCCGGAACUACAUCCACAUGCACCUGUUUGUGUCCUUCAUCCUGAGGGCCUUGUCCAACUUCAUCAAAGAUGCAGAGCUGUUCUCCAAUGAUGUUGCUCGCUGUUACCAUACGGUUGGCUGUAAAACCAUCAUGGUGUUCUUUCAGUACUGCAUCUUGUCCAAUUACAGCUGGCUGCUGGUAGAAGGCCUCUAUCUGCAUACCCUUCUGGUCAUCUCCUUUUUCUCAGAAAAGAAGGUUCUCCAAUACUUUAUCAUCUUUGGAUGGGGUUUCCCAGCAGUUUUUGUUAUACCAUGGGCAAUCACUCGGCACUUUAUGGAAAACAAUGGGUGCUGGGACAUUAAUGCCAACCCAUCCAUCUGGUGGAUCAUUCGGGGGCCCGUGAUUGUCUCCAUCCUGGUUAACUUCAUCCUUUUUGUGAAUAUUCUAAGGAUUCUAAUGAAAAAGCUCAAAACCCCAGAAAUGAGAGGAAAUGACAUGAGCCAUUACAAGCGGCUGGCCAAAUCCACCCUUCUGCUGAUCCCCCUCUUCGGUAUACACUAUAUCGUCUUUGCAUUUACUUUUUGCCUUGAGGAUACCAGCAGCCCUACCAUGGAGAUACAGGUGUUUUUUGAGUUAGCACUUGGCUCAUUUCAGGGCUUGGUGGUGGCCGUCCUCUACUGCUUCCUCAAUGGGGAGGUGCAGCUGGAGAUCCAGAGAAAGUGGCGGCAGCGGCACUUGAAUAACUGGUUCUGGAUGCGUCCAUCAAUGAGUUCCUCCUUCAGCAAUGGAACCAGUGGCCUCACCCAGAUGACUAAAACCAGCCCAUCGGAGCAGGGCAGAGGAACUGCCUGGAAAGCCAGUGUCAUCUGAGGGACCAGGGGCUAGGCAGAUGGAAGAGAUCUUGGUCGGGGGUUGGAAGCACCGACGAGCACUGAACUGCUCUGGAAAGGUGUAAGGGAUGGCAGGUAUCAGUAAAGAGAGGUUUCUCUGAGAACCACACUCUAGAGAGCCAGCUCGACUGUGGAAUGCCUACCAUGGCGACAGUGACAAUUUCCGUGUUCCCAGCCUGGGUAUACGUCCUUUUGCUUUUUCCUUUCUUUAGAGUACCAGUUCCUGAUCUCACUUGGUUACCUCCCUCCCCCAAUUCUUGGUCAGGUCUCUCUGAGACAGGAGGAGAGGAAUCCCCAAAGCAAAGAAAUUAGAAUGGUGUUGAGCAUGUGCAGAGGAAGGUAACUGGGACGGAGAAGUGACUUGAAGCCAUGUCAUAGGAAGAAUGAUGGAAAGAUCUGGGUAUUUUCAGGAAAAUGAUAACUAUUUUAAAAUAUUUGAAGGGCUAUCCCAUGGAAGAAAAGAGUAUAUCUGACCUAUGUGUUUAUGGUUCCAGUGGGCAGGACUAAAACCAACUGGUAAAAGUUACAAAGAUAUUUUGAGGUACUUGGAAGGAAAGGAUUGGGAAUUCCAAGUUUCUUCUUAUUCUCUUAGGAAUUGGAAUAUGAUGAAGAGGCCAGUUCACCUUUACACACUUCUCUUUCUCUUCUCCUAUAUACAUAGCAGAAGGGUCAGAGAAGCCUUUUGAAUCAUGAUUCUUUUCUCUAUCCAUCCUCACCCCUUGCAAAAUAGUGUAAAGAGGUAAAUUUGGUCCGUUGCCCUCAUCUGUCUCCUCUGUCUCCUCAUCUCUCAUACACCUUUCUGUGUCCCAUGCUACCCUCUCGAGCCACCUACUAUUAUCAUAGUCAUCUCACCCACACCACUGUAAUUUAGCUGUACCUCACUCUCCCUGGACUGUCCAAAGUGACAACUAAUGUAGUCAUCUAAUAAAAGACAUAGACUGAAGUGGAAAGAAA